AUGAAAUCCGUCGCGCGAUUCAAACGCAAUUCGGCCGAUAAGUCAACCACCCAGGGAGGUGUCAGCUCCAUCCAGUCUUCUUUUCCAGGGAAGCUAUCUCAUAUUCCCGAGGAUACCGAUCCCUCAACCACUAUCCUGAAUGUCCCCGUCCACAAAACCGUUACAAAAUUCUCCUCGCUCACAUCAACCGGUUCUCGUGAUUUAGACAGUUCAGGCUCAUUCACUUCGAACACAACCGCGACAAGCAGCAGCUAUGGCAGCCAUCCCAGUCCAACAGACACAUCUAAUUCCAGUUACGCGAUAGAUGUUGUUACCACCGACACAAACCGCACCUCGUCAGCCACAGCAACCUCAGAAACCGAUUCGGUUCCCUGGCGUAACGGAACCAAUUUAGCUGAUGCGGUGGCUGGAAAAAACGCAAUGCUCAAUCUUCAGGAACGGUAUAAUCUACCUGCGGCCUGUUUUGCCGACCAGACGCAGUCGAUUGAAGAUGGCAAACCACACAACUUCAAGGUGCAUACUUUCCGGGGCCCACACUGGUGCGACUAUUGUACUCACUUCAUCUGGGGUUUGGUGGCUCAGGGCUACAAAUGUACUGACUGUGGAUUCCAGACUUUUGAGUCAAAGGCUCCGGUUAUGGUUCCCAACGAAGAACCCACGAAUUGCCGCUGCCCUGCGGGUCAGGCUUUUGAGUCGAAGGCUCCGGCUCCCAAAGAAAACCUUCUUCGUCGGUGUGGGCUGUCAUGA